UGCGUGAGACAUGCAGUGUGGUGGAUGAGUAGAAGAUCGGACACAUGAAUCUGAAAUACAAUAGAAAAGCAGUAUUUUAAUCGAAAAAUUGAUGUAGGAAAUCUUAAGGCUCGUCUACAUAUAUGCAUUGUAUAAUUUUUCCCUUUUAAAAUGGUCCGAAAAAAAAUACAUUGUCCAGAAAUGCGGACGACGUAUCUCUUGAAACCUGGACACAUAAUCGAGAAUAUCAGACCAUCUGAAAGAACUAGGGCGUUAAUAAUGACGAAGAACGCUUUUCAACGUUUCAUGGAUUAUACUACAGAAGAUGAUAGAAUAAUAGAACAACAAAAAAAGGAAGCUGCAAAAAUAGCAGGACUAAAGAAAAUAACUUAUGAAAAAAGUAAAGCAUGGGACAGUAAAAUAGAAAAUAUUAAGGCAAAGCAGAGAGAAGAGUUAUUCAAAAGAAAAAAAGCUGAGGAAGAAAGAAAGAUGUUCGUAAAGGAAAUGGCGGAAAAAACAGCAGAGCGCGCAGAAGUGGUACAGCAAGCAAGGAAAUUGCUUCAGCAAAAAAAACCUUUGUGCCGGCGAAUUAAUCGCGCUCUUUUCGCCUCUGAGUGUCUUAGAGAACUGGAUGCCCAAGUAACAUUUCAGAAGACAAUUAGGAUGAUGGACAAAGAACAGGAUGUUGAAUAUGCUAAUUCAAUUAAGACAAAUGUCGCGAAAUAUGAAGAACAGAAAAAGCAAGAAGAAAAGGAGCGAGCAAGAAAGACAGAAGAUUACAAAAUGGAAUUGAAGAAACAGAUUGAGGAAAAUGAACGAGAAAAUAAAUUCAAAGCAAUGGAGGAGCUAAAAGCUGAAAAACAAUAUCAAAAAAAUAUGAUCCAAAAUAUGCAACUCAUAAAAGAGAAAGAAAUGCAAGACAUAUUAAACAAAAAGAAGAAACUUCAGCAAUUUUUCAAGGAAGCGAUAGAGAAAAAGAAACAAUUUGAACUGGAAUUGAAGCGCAACGAAGAAUUCGAGGAUCAAGCAUUGGAAGUCUAUCGAAAAGCUAAAGAUCAAAUACAAAAUAUUCAUAAAUCAAUAAUGUUGAAAGAAAAAAAAGAGAAACAGCAUCAAGCACAAAUUAUAACGGAAAAUUAUGAAUCAACCGAACCAAUUCGCAAAAUUAAAGAGCGAGAAAUCUUGCAAAAAGCAGCAGAAGAGAAAGAGGCAAUCGAAACAGAAAAACGGAAAGCACACAAAGAACGAGAAGAAACAAUGCACGCUCUUAUGGAAGAAUAUAAGCUUCGUGAUAUGGCUAUUAGAACAAAGCAAAAACAAGAGGAAAAAGAUUUGAAAAUUUGGGAGAUGAUGCAAAGGUUUAAGAGAAACGAAUAUGACAAACAAACCAAGUUGGAAGAACAGAAGCGACAAUGGCAACAGAAAUUAGACUACAGAAUUGAAUUGCAGAAAACUGCUGAGGAGAAACAAAUCGAAAAAAAGCGCGAGGAAGUUCUUGAAGUCGAAGCUACGAGCAUGAAAGCUGUGAUCGAGAAGGCCAAUCGGAAAAUUUUAGCUUAUGGCAAUGAAGUUUUAAAAGAAUCGAAGGGUGUGAGACCACUUUAUCCAAUCAUUAAAGCUGUAGAAGAAUGUAAGAAGGAAAUGGGAUUAUAUAAAAAAAUCAAAGAAACUAUCAAAACAGAUCGGCUGAAGAGAAAGUAUGGAAUCCGCCGUUGUGUUUGCAUAAAAUUUAUGCCGAUCAAUCAAAUAUAUUGUUUCCAAUCAUUGUUUGUAAUAAACAGCACUAAUUUAUAUCUUCCGUAGUUAUAUCGUGAGUCAUAUGCAUCAUUCGAUUAUUAUGCUAUUUAUUAGAAAUAUUUCCGCACCGUCAAACUUAUAACUACUCAUAAAUAUAACUACUCAUAUUUUCUAAUUACGAAACUAAGACAAAACUUAGACAAAAAUUAAUACAAGC